AUGAGGGUGUUCAAGAGCUUGGCUCUUUUAUUUCUGCUACUUGUAGUGAGAGGUUCUAUGGUACAGCUGAAAAAUGGUGGCUAUGAGGAUAUUGUUAUUGCAAUUAACCCUGAGCUACCAGAAGAUGACAAUAUCAUAAGAAACAUACAGGACACGGUCAAAGAGGCUUCUACUUACUUGUUCACUGCUACAAAACAGAGAUUUUUUUUCAAGGCUGUAAAAAUUAUAAUUCCUCUGCAUUGGCUGCCAAAACCUGAGUAUUUAAGUGUAAAAACAGAGUCAUACGAUAAGGCAGAUGUUAUCGUGGCUAAUCCUUACUUGAAGUACGGAGACGAUCCCUACACGCUGCAAUAUGGAGGAUGUGGGGAAAAGGGACGAUACAUUCAUUUCACUCCCAACUUCCUGUUAAAUGACAAUUUGUAUAACAUCUAUGGAUCACGAGCCAAAGUUUUUGUCCAUGAAUGGGCCCAUCUUCGUUGGGGGGUGUUUGAUGAAUACAAUAAUGAUGCACCUUUCUAUGUGUCUGUAGACUCUGGAAAAGCAAGUGUUGAAGCAACAAGGUGUUCAACUAGUGUCACUGGGAAAUACAUAGUUCAAAGCUGCACGGGAAACAGCUGCACGACAAGAGAAUGCAAAUAUGAUAAACAGACAAAGCUGUAUGAAGCUGAAUGUAAAUUUGUACCAGAUAAAACACAAAAUGCCCCAGCAUCUAUAAUGUAUAUGCAGAGCCUCCCUUCUGUGGUUGAGUUCUGUGAUCAAAGUACUCAUAAUGAAAAGGCUACAAAUCUGCAGAACAAAAUGUGUAACUACCGCAGCACCUGGGAAAUAAUUAUGAACUCUUCUGACUUCAGUAACACCUCUCCAAUAAAUAGCACAAGUCCUCCAUUUGAGACCUCCUUCUCAUUGCUGCAGGCCAAAGAUCGAGUAGUCUGUCUAGUACUUGAUGUUUCUAGUAGCAUGGCUGGGAAUAACCGCAUUAAACGUCUUAAACAAGCUGCAGAGAUAUUCCUGCUACAGAUUAUAGAAAUGGGUUCCUGGGUUGGAAUUGUCACAUUCCAUUCUACAGCACAAAUUGAAAUGUAUCUACAACAAAUCGAUGAGAAUGUACGCCAGGAUCUUACCCAAUACCUGCCUACAUCAGCUGGUGGAGGAACUAAAAUCUGCGAAGGAGUACACAAAGGAUUUGAGGUCAUUAAACAAAAAUACUCUAAUCUUUAUGGUUCUGAACUUGUACUGCUGACAGAUGGAGAGGAUGGGAGUAUGAGCAGUUGCCUUACGGAGGUGAAAAACAGUGGAUCGAUCAUUCACACCAUUGCCUUGGGGCCAAAUGCUGCUCCAGAACUAGAACAAUUUUCAAAUAUGACAGGAGGCUUAAGGUUUUAUGCCACAGACACAGUUGACUCCAAUGGCCUUAUUGAUGCAUUCAGUGGAAUUUCAUCAGGAAGUGGAAAUAUUUCUGAACAGUCUAUUCAGCUUGAAAGUACAGCUCAGAGUGUCGCCGUCAAGCAGUGGAUGAAUGGUACAGUGACUGUAGAUAGCACUGUGGGAAAUGACACCUUCUUUGUAGUUACAUGGGAUCGAAGCACAUCUCCACCAGACAUUUUACUGCGGGACCCAAAAGGAAAAGAAUAUAGAACGUCAAACUUCACAGUUAGUAAUCUAAACCUCCGAACAGCUCGACUGAGUAUAGCCGGCACUGCAGAGGUGGGGGAUUGGUAUUAUUGGAUUCAAAAUAACCACACAGAUUCUCAAGUUAUAUCAAUGAUAGUAACCUCUCGAGCAGCAUCUUUGGCUGUGCCUCCAGUGACUGUGAAAGCCCUCAUGAAUAAGGAUACAAACAACUUCCCUAAUCCAAUGGUGAUUUAUGCAGAAGUUAGUCAAGGAUUUUUGCCUGUUCUUGGUGCAACCGUGAUGGCCACUGUUGAACCACAGACUGGAUCUGCAGUGGAGCUCAAACUCCUUGAUGAUGGUUCAGGUGCUGAUAUUACCAAGAAUGAUGGAAUCUAUUCAAAGUUCUUUACAUCUUUCAAAGGAAAUGGUAGAUACAACUUAAAAGUGCGUGUCCAAGGGAACGAUAAGACUGUCAGACGCCGCCGUAGGCAGAGUCGAGCCUUGUAUGUUCCAGGCUACAUAGAAAAUGGUGAAAUUAAAAUGAAUGCACCGAGACCUGAAGUUACUGAUGAUGAAAUUCAAGCAAAGCUAGGAAGUUUCAAUAGAGUUACCUCAGGAGGUUCUUUUGUAAUGGAAAAUGUACCUUCAGGAGGAACUACUGAUGUGUUCCCACCCUGUAAAAUUAUUGACCUUGAGGCUCAGUCUGAAGAAGAUAAAAUUCACUUGUCUUGGACAGCUCCUGGGAAUGACUUUGAUGUGGGACAAGCUGACAGAUACAUAAUAAAAAUGAGUGAAAGUCUUCUGGACCUAAGAAACACCUUUGGUAAUGCUACUUCCGUGAAUACCUCUAGUCUGGUACCUAAACCUGCCGGCACCAAAGAAUCAUUUCAGUUUAAAUCAGAAAAUGUCACAAUAGAAAAUGGCACCAUAAUCUACUUUGCAAUACGUGCCAUUGAUAAUGCCUUCCUGACCUCAGAAGUGUCUAAUAUAGCACAAGCAGCUUUGUUUGUCCCUCCAAAGGAAUCCUCGCCUGAUGGUGCUCCUAAUGAUGACGUUAUCAAUGAAGGUAUUAAUGUUUUAACAAUAGUGUUAAUAGUAGCUGGGUCUGUAAUAGCUGUAUCAAUAGCUGUAAGUAUAACUGUUUGCAUUUUACACAAGAAAAAUAGAAGGGGAGGCCCUGAGCUCAGCAUGUACUAA